AUGUUCGAGGCUCGCGCGGCAGAUUUGACCGUCGACCCUUCCGCGCUGGCCAAGUCCGGGACCGUUGCGACCGCAUUUGAAUAUAUCGACGAGCGGGCGACGACCCCUACAGCCCUGUCCCGCUACCGUGGCAAGGGAGAUAGCCACUCGCAGGACUCCCAAUCCAACCUCUCUCCUGUCAAAAUGGCGAACGGCUAUGCGAUCAGCCCCGAUCCCCCGGCGCUCUUUGUUCGGGCUAUGUACGACUAUGACGCCGAUGACCACACCAGCCUGAGUUUCCGUCGCGGCGAUAUUAUUCAGGUUCUCAACCAGCUAGAGACAGGGUGGUGGGAUGGCGUUAUCGAUAACACUCGUGGUUGGUUCCCGAGUAAUUACUGUACCGUCCUCACGGAAGCGGAUGACUUUGGCGACCAGUUUGUUCAUAGUCAUGACACGGACCUCAGUGCGGAUUCCGGACUCGAAGAUGAUUAUGGCGAUGGACACGAUGAUGAUGAUGUGGAUUCGGAAGGCAACUCACGCGAUUCCCAGCCGAUCCUUCCUAUCGAAGGUGUUCCGGCGGCCAAGGAGCAGGAAGAGGCCGCAUUCUGGAUCCCCCAGGCGACACCGGACGGUCGCCUAUUCUAUUUCAACACCCUGACGGGGUAUUCUACCAUGGAGCUACCCUUUGAAAACCCUACAGCGGCCACCGACAAUGGCCCACGCGAUCGAAACAACUUUUUUGUCCCCGACCAGACUCGACCGCCACCGGAGCUGAUGGCACGUGGAUUCGAGCGGGAUGAAGAUGAGUACGAUGGUUCUGCAUCUGAGGCAGAAGGGGAAUCUUUGAUGCUAGCUUCACACGACUCGAUUUCCCACAGACGCCAAUCCUUGAUGGAGGGAGUAUCACCGGCCACAUCAAUGGACUCCUUGUAUGCCCCGACAACGAAAGACUCAAAAGGCUCGCAAGCGUCCACCAAGGCUCUACAAACAACAUACAGCCUUGGAGGAAAUAGCAACAGCACCAGCACUUCCGUGGCCGAAAGCUUCUCGAGACCUUCGAUCUCUUCCAAUUUCCCCCAACACUUCGUCGAUGAUGGCUUCGCCCCUCCAAUCAGCUGGUCCCUGCUUGUUGAUAACAUGCGAUUUGCCGUCGAGGCUUACAGCCAGACCCUUGUGAAUGGUGACCGUGCGGAAUACGUGAGGAAGGCUGAGGACAUUUCCGACCACCUUCGAAUGCUACUGGCAGCUGGAUCUGACACAACGGACAACCACUCUGGUAAUCCUUCCAUCAUAUCCACUAACAAGGCUCUGUAUCCUCACUUUAGGGACAUGAUGUCCAAGUUCUCCAAACUGGUUCUUUCGUCUCAUAUCGCAGCUGCUGAUUGGCCCGGAGCCGACUCAGUCAACAAAUGCUUGCAGGAAGCAGAAGGUGUGAUGCAAGGUGUGUAUGGCUAUGUGGAUGUUGCUCAACAGCAGCGUGGAGACCUUAUUCACCGUAUCGUCCCGGGUUUCGUCGGCGGCAGCUCAUCUGGUGGCAGCUGGCAGAACAAUGGUGUCUCAUUGAAUAACUCAGGGCCAACAUCAUUCCUGGUCCCAGAUGUAGGGGACUCAAGGGUCGAGCCAUCUGUUCCUCUUGAUGCCGCUUUUUUGGAUUCAAUCGAUAUCCUCCGAAGAUCCUUUGUUGGCAGCAUCCGCCGGCUAGAAGAGCGAUUGAUCAUCAACAAGAAGAUCGUCACCACCGAAGAGCAUCGAGAAAUCGCGGAUGAAAUCUCCGCCGCUGCAAUCAAGGUAAUCGAGCAAUUCCGGCCAUGGAUCUCCUCAGUUGAGUCAAUGAACUUGGCACCACUGGGAACCAGCUUCCAAAAUCCCCAACUGGUGGAUUUCAGCCUGCAAAAGCAACGAGUUUAUGAUGCAAUCGGCGAUUUCAUUUUGGAUUGCCAGGCCGUUUCGGCCCCCUUGGCAGAUGAGUGGGCUGAGCUCCGCGGCGAUUCGCUUGAUGACCGUGUAAAUGCCGUGCGAGGCAUUGCUAGACAGCUGGAGAACUACGUAUCCCAGAUUGGCUUCUCAUUAUCUCUGCUUCUUGAGCAGAUUCCGGCAGAGUCUGCCCCGUCUUCACGAAGUGAAAGUCGCCAAGAAUUGGAUGAUGAUCAGUUCAAAAUUGGACACAAUCGGGGUGAGUCUCAAGCGAAAAUCGCCACAGAGUCAAUUGGGAUUCCAUCUUCCUACGCCCCAGAAAAGGAGGGCGGCGAGAAAGUCCGCAGAAACAUGGACAAAGCACAGCGAUUCUUUGGCCAAGCACCACCGACAGCGAUCACACGAGAGCCUCUCCGAGAGCCAGUCCGCGAGCCUGAAGAGACUCCGUGGUUUUUGAAGAUGGCACACGAAGGGGAGGUCUUCUACGACAACAAGACCGAUUCACCAAUUCUCAAGUGCGGCACGCUCGCUGGAUUGGUAGAACACCUCACUCGACACGACAAGCUUGAUGCAUCUUUUAACAACACUUUCCUUCUCACAUAUCGCUCUUUCACAACUGCCUCUGAGUUAUUCGAAAUGCUUGUUCAACGGUUCAACAUCCAGCCUCCGUUUGGCCUGAGCCAAGAUGACAUGCAGAUGUGGAUCGAUCGCAAGCAAAAGCCGAUCAGGUUCCGUGUCGUUAACAUUCUCAAGAGCUGGUUUGAUCACUUCUGGAUGGAGCCCAAUGAUGAAGUGAACAUGGACCUCCUGCGACGUGUUCACACCUUUACUCGUGACUCCAUCGCUACCACUAAAACCCCGGGAACCCCUACAUUAUUGGCCGUGAUUGACCAACGACUCCGAGGUCAGGACACAACCUCUAAGCGUCUUGUCCCAACCCAAAGCAAUAACGCACCCCAACCGAUUGUCCCCAAGAAUAUGAAGAAACUCAAGUUCCUGGACAUCGACCCCACCGAGUUCGCUCGACAGUUGACUAUUAUCGAAUCGCGUCUCUACUCAAAGAUCCGACCCACCGAGUGCCUCAACAAGACAUGGCAGAAGAAGUUCGGCCCCGAUGAGCCCGAACCCUCCCCAAAUGUCAAAGCCUUGAUUCUCCACUCCAACCAGCUUACCAACUGGGUUGCCGAGAUGAUUCUGGCCCAAGGUGAUGUCAAGAAGCGCGUCGUGGUUAUCAAACAUUUUGUGAACGUGGCUGAUAAAUGUCGCGCCUUGAACAACUACUCGACCCUGACAUCGAUCAUUUCGGCUCUAGGAACCGCCCCGAUUCAUCGCCUCGGUCGGACGUGGGGUCAGGUGAGCGGGCGGACUUCCACAGUUCUGGAACAAAUGCGCCGGCUUAUGGCUAGUACGAAGAAUUUUGGCGAAUACCGAGAGACUCUUCAUCUCGCCAACCCGCCUUGUAUUCCAUUCUUUGGUGUCUAUCUUACGGACCUGACCUUCAUUGAGGAUGGAAUUCCGUCCCUUACACCUUCAGAGUUGAUCAACUUCAACAAAAGAGCGAAGACUGCUGAAGUGAUCCGUGAUAUCCAGCAAUAUCAGAAUGUUCCCUACCUUUUGCAACCGGUCGGUGAACUUCAGGAUUACAUUCUCAGCAACCUUCAAGGUGCUGGCGAUGUACAUGACAUGUACGACCGAAGCCUAGAGAUCGAGCCUAGGGAGCGCGAGGACGAAAAAAUUGCAAGGUAUGCCGAAGCCUCAGCCAAAGACAAGGGUUCCUUGUUAUUUGCAUCCACCGUCGCUAUUUUGCGAUAA